CACACAUCUCAUUCUAGAUAAACUGGAGGGAUUUCUGAGUCUGCAGUGUGUGCAGCUAACAUGCUAGCAGAGAAAACAUAAUUUAUCUGUGGAUUGACCGAUUCUCUUCACAAACAACUUAGCUGUAAGUACAACACCAGACUCUCAAGAUGGAUUUCGAAGAUGACACCACUGUGUUAACAACCUUGAAGUCCUUCAAUUCCUUCAUCAGCCACACUGAUGUUCCACAGCGGCUGUCAGAGAACUCAGCGGGGAGUGGGAACCUGCAGAGUCAGUACAAACGCAGCAUGGAGUUGUUGGAAGCAGCAGAGAGGGCUCAGUCCAAGAAUCGCUAUCUUCAGUUGGACGGGGAGAAGAAGCAGAUGGAGCUGAGUCACAAGCGAGCUCGAUAUGAACUUGAGAAGGUCGCUUCUGAUAGCGCGCGAGACUUGGAGCAUGAGGUGGAUCGGAACCAGGAUCUUCUUGGGCGAUUAAAAAAGUUUGAGGAGAGAGAGACGGAGGCAGCUAAGAACCUGUCGGAGCAGGUGGAGGCAACCAGAGCUCUCCGUAAAAGCAUGGAGGGCCUGAACAGGAAACUGGAGGAACGAGACACUCGACUGAACACUGCGAAUCAGACCAUCAGUUCUUUGAAGGAUGAGAUCAGAGAGCUGAAGCAGAGGAUUCAAAACCAAGACUCGACAAUUUCUUCUCAAACCCUUGAGAACCAGGAGCUGCAGGAACAGUUAGAUCUACAGCGCAGGAAGCAUCAGGAAGUCUCUCAGCUUUGCCAAACUCUCCAAGCUGCCCAAUCCUCCUGCUUAGAGCACAUGAUCAAGAUUAAGGAGUUGGAGCGGCGUCUGGCCCUGCAGGAGCAGGACAUCGCCAUCGUGAAGACGGUGAAGUCAGAGGUGGCUAAAGUUCCAGACCUGGAGAAGGAUUUGAAGCGCCUCCGAGAUGAUAAUGUGUUUCUCAGGGAGAGCAGGGAGAACUGCAGCCUGCUGAAGGAGGAGGUGAAGGGGCUGAGGAGGAAGCUGGAGAGGAUGGAGAAGAAGACUGAAGAGCUGGUCAAUAUCGAACUGGAGAAGGAGAGGUUAGUGGAGAAGCUCAAAGCCUGGGAGAACCUCGGACAAUCCACUGGACUCAACAUAAGGAAACCAGAGGAUCUGUCCAGGGAGGUGAUUCACAUCCAGCAGAGAGAAAUUGCUCUGAAAGAGCAGAACUACACUCUCAACAGCCGUUUGAGGAGUGCAGAGCGCACGCAGAAUGAGCAUAGAGCAGAGCUGGCACAGCAGCGCAGCAAGACUCUGGAGGAGCAGAAGAAGAGGGAGAUGCAGGAGAGUCUCGUCCGACGACUUCAGAAGAGAGUCCUGUUGUUAACCAAGGAGCGGGAUGGCAUGCGUGCCAUACUGGAGUCGUACGACAGCGAGCUGGCUCCCACUGAGUACUCUCCACAGCUGAGCAGACGUCUCCGAGAGGCCGAGGACAUCCUUCAGAAGACUCAGAGCCACAAUGUAGAGAUGGAGGCCCAGCUGAUGAAAGCACAGGAAGAGACAGGGACCCUGAAACUGCAGCUGCAAACUGUGGAGCUGGAGCUGGAGGCCUUAAAGAUGCACCAGGCCUCUUCUGCUGACAGCAACACCUCAGAGACCAAAGAAGAGGUCAACAUACUCAGACAGAAAAUUGAAGAUUUAGAGUCGGAGCGGCAGCGUCUGGAGGAGCAGAACAAUAUUCUGGAGAUGAGGCUGGAGAGACACAACCUACAGGGUGACUACGACCCCUUCAAAACCCGAGUUCUCCACUUCAAGAUGAACCCUACCACUGUCGCCAAGCAAGAGCGCCAGCAAGAUGUCGAGGCUCUCCGGGAGGAAGUGACCCGUCUCAGUGAACUUGUGCGCUCCUUGCAGGAAGGAGGCGCCAUGGUCCAAGGCGACUGCAGCAUCAAUGCCUCCGGCUUCGGCCUCAGUCUGCCGCCAUCCAAGGAGGUUGUUGAUUUACGAAAGCAGAUGGAAAGCUUGGAGCUCAAAAUCCAGAGGCUGAAGGAAGUGUUCCAGAGGAAGAUUCAGGAGUUCCGCACUGUGUGCUACGUCCUGACCGGAUAUCAGAUAGACAUCACCACCGAGAACCAGUACCGGCUCACUUCAGUCUUUGCAGAGCACAUGGACGACUCCCUGCUCUUCAAAAAGGGAUCCAAUGGGAGCAUGCAGCUCAUGGAGACCGAGUUCUCCAGAACCCUGGGCGAGAUGGUGGCUCUUCACCUCCAUCACCAGAAGAGCAUCCCGGCAUUCCUCUCCGCCGUGACCCUCGACCUCUUCAGUCGACAGACCACCAUCUGAAGGCCACUGAGAAAAAGAAACGGGAUCACUUUUGUUUUUAAUUUCCUGUGUCUUCCUGUCUUUUAUUUUACCGCCUCGUGCGAUGGGUGUUCUGUCGACAGCUCUGACACGGUGCAGGCGGCGCUCUGAUGUGGAUGUUUUGUUUGAUGAGUUUUCAGAAAUGCUAAGAAAACAACUUCCCUAUUUGUCCGCUGAAUAUUUCAUCAGUGACUCUUUGAGAGACAUUUUUCGAUGACACACAAGCUACUGAUAUUUUUUUUUUUUUACAGCUGGACUUUGAAGUACACUUCACACCCAGUUAAAUACACACAGUGUGGCGAAACGUGUGUGUGUGGUUUUCUGGAUCUAUAGAAGCAUUUUGCGUGGUUAUAACUGAACGGAGAAUUUUUAUACUCUUCAUUUUGUGUCUUCUUUCUUUGGCCGUCAUGUUUGAGGUUACAUAAAGAUUGCUUUUCUUUAUGGUCCUUUCUGCUAGAAGAGGCAAUGAAAUAAAGUCACUGAAAUAAAAGAUAAGAGUCAACCUUUCCUCCUAUUCAAAUCCUGGCCUACAUUUUGACUGAGAUAAAUUGUCAAUAUUAAAUCUGUGAAAGGUUUUCAGUUUUAAAGCUCCACAAAAAGUAGGACAGAAAAGAUGCUGCUGUUAAUGCAAAAUGGAGUAAUAAUAAGUGAAUAUGUGGAGUCAUUUCAGAAAAAUAAAGGUAGCAAAUAGCAUUACUUCUGACCUUUUUUAAAAAUGCAACUGCUCUGAAGUACCGUUAUUGCAUAUCACACUCAUGUUGAAGCGUAGACCCAAAAAACACGUCAUUUUUACAACUUUCUUUUUAUAAUUUUGUUUUUAUUGCUCCUUUUCAAGGAUAUACAUGACAAGAAAAACAGCGAUACAACACAAGGACAAUACUCACACACAUUCAAAGGCAAAACACUUUUCUUUUUUACAAUACAGCACUUGUUUAGGACUAGAUUUGUGUUGCUUUGCAUUAUUAUUACAUGUUCAUUCUCAUUUAUUUUGAAAAAUGAUCAGCCUUUCGACAGAAAACCAAUCCUCAAAAGCUUCAUAAACAUUGUUAAAUUGAUAUUUGAGUGUCUUUAAGUAAACACACACAAAGGACCAGGUUUGCUUUAUUGUUCGAAAGUCGCAGCUCCCUGGAAAUGCAUUUAUUUCUGCUUACUUAGAAACCAGUCUUUGGAUAUGAAUUAGAUUUGAAUGAACUAUGAAUUCCUCCUGUGUUUGGAUUGGGUUAACGGCAGUGUGUGUCGCUGUGAGUAAUAACACGAGAUAAGACGAGGGGAAAUUUCUCUCGGCUGCAAUAAGACGAAAUGGCAGAAAUAAACAUGGGGGUGAAGAGGAAGCUGGGGAGCAAUCCAAUAAAAAGUGAGAAACAAAAGGAAGCGAGGCAAGAAUAAAGCCACUUAUCACGGCAACAAUAUAAGCGCUCCAGCUGGUGCCGCCAUAUGUCUCAGGAGGAAACAUAUUCUCCUGUACAUGCCACAUACUGUCCUUGUUUUUCUUUUUCGCUACUCAUUCAUUUUCACAACACAGCAUUUCUUUUGCACACCCUGCAGCUCUCACCUCGAGGUGAUACAACAAGAGUGUUUCAUAUAGGCAGGACAUACAGUAUGUUCUCAUUCAGGUGGUGUGUGUGUGUGUGUGUGGUGCGCUGUUGCUUGUAUUGCUAUUCUCCUUUAUUCUACAAAACCGAGACAUUUUCAUUAAGCAAUCCACACUGACUUUUCCUUUGAGAAACUGGACGAUCUAAUCCUCUCCACUCUGUUGCUGCCUGACCCCACACGCUGAGUUUCCAGGUGUAAUGACUCCAUUAGGCUCUCCAAAGACAGGCAGUCCCAUGUGAGCGGCCAGACUAAGUGCAAGUCAAAGCCCUCCGUACAGCAGUGUCUUUAGGAAGGAGCAAAGUAAACACGGACUCCUGGGAGGGGAACGGCUUACAGGCAGGCCUCUGGUGGGCGGCCUGCACCCAUGGGCCUUGUUAAGAGCGUGUUGAUCCUGACAUUAGCACCAGAGGUCUGAAGACUGUCUGGAUUCUACAGGCUUCGGGACGCUGAGGAGGUUCAGGCUGUACACGGACCAUUCUUACUCAUCUAUAGCCCCGGGAAAAACUUGAGACCACUUCAGCAUUACAUUUUUUUUUGUUCUAUUGUAUUCUAUAAACUAACGACCAUCUUCCUUUGUGUUGGAAUUCAACAGACACUGGAAUGACUGCCAUACAUGUAGAGAUGAAGAUUUAAGAAAGAUUUGGAGUGGUCCCUUAAUUUUUUCUGGAGCUGUGUGUUCUUCAAUUUGGGAAUGGUUGUCUGUGGCACUGGUAGUUAUCUUUGAGGAGUAAAAUAAAUGUAGCAUUUCUAUGUAUUUUUUUUGUAUUGGAGAAAGCCAAAGGGGAUUUGUGGCAAUCUCUGCCUGUGCUGAAAGAUGUCGUGCUGUGGCAUGGCCA